CUUAGGGCAUGUCUAGCUUGUGUAAUAAUCCGGGGCUUGGAUUAGUUUUUAACUUACCCGGACACAGAGCUCUCUCCUUCCUCGCUGAUGAUUCGGACAUGCUUGCGUUUAAGACGCUGCAUCAUCACUGUAAUACUCCCGUGCCAUGCUAAGUCUGACCUACAAAUGUUGCAGGUAACGAAUGUCUUUGCCUGAUUUAACUGAAACUGCUCCCAAACUUAAGAAGUUUCUACUUUUUCGGGUCUCGCUGCUCCUGCCAUGUUCCUCUUUCCAAACACCUGCUGGUCUGCGCGCAACGCGGGCGGGAGGUGAGGGGGCUUUUGGAAGAGUUGUGGAACACAACGAAUCGAUGACGCAAUUCGUUGCCAACGCUUUUAGUAAUCGAUUUUCAUCUAAUUUAUCGAUUCGUUGUUGCAGCCCUAAUACUGUCUGUUAUUUUGUGCUGAGAUUCGGGAACCAGGGAGCAGCAGAUGUUGAUGACCUUUGCUCUGAUGUCUUCGGGGUUAUCUUCAGGAACACCAUGGAGGCGAAGGUUCCAUCUACGUCCGUACCUUUCAGUCUUGUUUAACUUAAAGUUUUGAUAUUUGUUGGUCAUGUCUUUCAUUAGCAGUUUUCACCUUUUUCAUGUCGCUUUAAAGAUUCAACUUCUGCAAAGGCAAAAUCAACAGAUUUCUUCAGUGCCUAGAUGCUAAUUGUGUUGUUAGCAAUCAUACCCUCCAGGUUAUCUGCUCUUGUAUUAAUUGUGGCAACUAUAUUGGCCUGUAGUUUUGUUAAAGAAAUGUCGCCUUUUUGCUUUUUUUCUUUAGGUUUAACAGGUGUGUCGGGGCAGAUGGUGGUAAGGGCGUAAGAGCAGCUUCUUGAUUAUCAGCAUCAGAAACAGCAUAGUCAUGAUCCAUGCUAGCUGGGCUGCUGGCUGGAAUGGCUGAAGGGUUAGGGUUUAGGAACUAAUCUUAGUUCCUUGUUCGUUUGGCUUCAUAAUGCUGGAAUAGGGCGAAAAAUAGGUCUGACCAGUAGCUAAUUGCGGCCUAGCUGUGCAGGCUUCUUUUGAUCCGUGCAGAGGAGCAAUAAAGUUGGUAUUGGGACAGCAGUCAGAUUAGUAAGACUUUAAAAUUGUUUCGGAGCAGUCAAUAUGUAGGUAAAGAAAGUCAAAAAGAUGGUUCAAGGGAUAGUAAUUUAAAACACCGCCUAGCUACGAGGACUAGUGUGUCUCAGUCGCCAUCUUGCCGAACUCGCAUCGCUGCGGACUUGGGUGAAGUGCAGAUUAAGGGUGCAAUGGGGGCGUGGUCAACUUCUGCACUGGAGAAUCGGGACACCCUACGCACUCGAACCCCUGGCCGGGCCGGCUCCUAAACUUAGCGCUGACCACAGUUUCUGAUCUCAGGCUGUCAGAGGAAGCUGCGUCAGGUUUGUCACUGAUCACUUUCCAAUCUGGAGACAGGUGCAGCAGCUGACCUUUGACCUGUGAGCGACGGCAGCCUGCAGACUCAGAGGACUGAUAAUGGAGAGGAAGAGCAGGAUCUUCUCUUCUUCUACUCAGACCUGCUUCAGACAGCAGAGUGAAGACGUUGGUGGAAGAGGGUGAGGAAUUCCUACUUUGGUUCCUCCCAGUCCAACAUGGUUCCUUCAGAGCUUUUGGUUCUUCUGGACAUGAUUUACAGUCUUAGAUAUGUGUUUCUAGAGAAGGUGUGCUUCUGUCAAACUACCUUGAUUCUUUGGAGUUUUCAUCUCUUAGACUGAGCUCAUCCAAAAGUCCUCCAGAUUGAAUGAGUGAAUCAGUUAUUAGUGCAGGUGAAAGAAUCAGAACUCAUGUUGAACUGGUGGAUAGAAAGAGGUUUUCCUCUUAUCUGUGUUUAUUAAAGACAAGCACAGAGCUGAUUAAACUCUGGAGCUUUCUCUUUCACCUUCUUCUCAACAAGAUUAAAGCUGUGGACUCAAAUCCAAACCUCUCCAGAGUCUUGAUGUUCAGACAAUUAGCCCACUUGGAUCACAGAUGAUGAGGCCAGCUCAUGGUCCAAGAUGAUUUCUGCUUUCUUCUGACUGAAGCUUCUGAAUGGCAGUUUAGUUGAUUUUCAAAUUUUCUCCAUUCAAAUGAAAGAAGCAUAAAAAUUUGUGAUCAUUAUUUUGUAAGCGAGCAAACUAAGAAAAUCAGGGGGGGUGGAAUCAUUUGUUCCUCCGGAGAAUUUAGGUGUUGAAUUCAGUAACACAGAUGGAUCAGAUUCCUCUUUGUUCCUAUACCUGCAACUAUGUGAUUCCAGUUAAAUCUGCUCUUUUGAUAAUUUCCAUCAGAUCUUUAACACUAUUUUACUAUUUUAAGACUCAUCAUGCCGUCUUUUGAACAGCAAACUGUGAUCCACACCUUCACUUCGUCCUUAUUGUUGCUGUUCCAGACUCCUGCCCAUAAGGUGGCGCUAAUGCGCCUUUACGCUGGUCGCCAACCUCCAAAUAACCCAGAAGCUGUUAGCACAGCUAGCUUAUUGUUGUGUGUGAGGUGAACCUCUGAGGCGCUGCAGCAACAAUGUCUUCAGCUCAGUCUCUGAGAGAGUUUAUCAGAGAGCGGCUAACUGCUGCUGCUGCAGAAAUAUUCUCCGAGUUUGAGAAAACCAUCGACCGCUACGAGGAAGAGCUCGAUCGUCAGCGCAGACUGCUGGAGGUCCGCUGGAAACCACAGAUCAGGUUACACAGAACAGAACUCCCACUGCAUGAUGUCAGGACAGAUGAGGAGGUUCUGACUGACCAGCAGCUCUGGAACCAGGAGGGGACCUCCAGUCUGGAGCAGGAACAACCAGAAACGCCUCAGAUGAACAGCGAGCAGGAUGAGCCAGAAGGUUUGCAGAUUCUAGAACAAGAGGAGUUCUGCAUCAGUCAGGAUGAAGAGCAGCUUGGACUGAAGCUGGAGAACGUCACCUCCUUUGUGACUCCUGCUGAUGAGGAACGAGACCACGAUGAACCAGAACCAAACAGACACCAACUCAUUUCUUCAGGGUGUCCUGAGGCAGACUUCAGGGUUGCUGCUCCUCUGGGGUCAACAGAACUUCCACGGCAUCCUGUUUGUGAAAGGGAGGAGGUUCUGACUUACCAGCAGUUCUCCAACCAGGAGACCACCUCCAGUUUGGACCAGAAGGAACCAGAACCUCCACUGAUCAAAGACGAACAGCAGGAACUUUGUUUUCACCAGCAUGAAAGGCCGUUCAUCCUGAAGCAGGAAAAUGUUACCUUCAUGUUGACUCCUCCUUUUGAAGAAACAGAAAGCUGUGAACCAGAACCAAACAGGAACCAGCCCUCGUGUCAGAGUUCUACUGAAGCUGAGAACCAAGAUCAGAAUGGAUUCAGGAAUGAAAACCCAGAACCAAAAAGCAACGAAGAACUGACACAAAAUAAAAGAAGUCAACAAACCAAAGAUGACAGAGACUGGGUAUACAGUCAGAAACGAAAAAGGCACCAGAGGCCUCACAGAGGUGAGAGACCAUUUUCAUGUAAACUCUGUGAGAAAUCUUUCAGUCACAAGUUAGUCUUAACUCUUCACAUGAGAACUCACACAAGUGAAAAGCCAUUUCCAUGUGAAGCUUGUGGUAAAUGUUUUCUCAACAGUAGUUCCUUGAUUAAACACAUAAAAAUGCACACAGGUGAGAAACCACAUCCAUGUGAAGCUUGUGGUAGUUGUUUUAUUAGCAGUCGUACCUUGACUAGACACAUGAGAACUUGCACAGGUGAGAAGCCAUAUCGAUGCAAGACUUGUAAUAAAUGUUUUGCUGAGACUAGUGCCCUGAGUAGUCACAGGAAAACUCACACAGGUGAGAAACCACAUUCGUGUGAAGCUUGUGGUAAAUGUUUUACUGGCAAUAGUACCUUGACUAGACACAUGAGAACUCACACAGGUGAGAAACCAUUUCCAUGUGAAGCUUGUGGUAAACUUUUUUCUCGAAGUGAUCACUUGAACAGACACAUGAGAACUCAACACAGCUGAGAAGUCUUUUCCAUGUUUGAUCUGUAGAGCGAGAUUCAACCAACAUUUUCUUUAACUUCUCACGUAAAAAGUCACACUUGAUAUUUAAUUAACAAAAUGUUUGUUAAUUUUUUUUUCCUUCAAAAGCAACCCGACUGAAACACGAGAAUUUAUAAAUUUAGGAAGAAAUGGGAUUUAGACAACAUUUAUUACUGAAUGCAUUUAGAGUAUAAUAGCAUAGUUUAGCAAACAGGUUUUAAUGGUUCAAAGCUAGGGCUGCACUAUAUUAGGAAAACCUGCGAUAUGCGAUAACAGUGAUUAAUAUUGUGAUGACGAUAUUAUUUGCGAUAAAUAAAAACUUAACUCCAGAACAAAAAUAUUCAAAAACAAAGAAAUAAAAAAAAUGACAUAAGCAAACAAUGUGAGGAAAGGGGAAAAGAAAAUUAACAAGAAAAAGCAAUCAGUGGAUCCUGGGAAAAGCAGAAUCAGCAGAAAGAGCAGAAUAAAUCUAACUCAGGUGUUCACUAACCAUCAAAAUUAACUGCCGUCCGCCUCGGGGGUGGGGCUUCUAACCUAUGACAGGGUAUCCGCGGGUCCUUAAAAAGUCUUUAAGUGUCUUAAAUUUGCUUUUCCAAUUUAAGGCCCUAAAAAUCCUUAAAAAUGACAAAUAAUCCUUAAAUACAGUUUCCAAAGGUCUUAAAUUACCAAAGACCCAAUAAACAACAUUUUUUUUAUUUCUAUAAAAUUUUUGUGAAUUUCUAGUUAGUGUUCAGCUUUUUUUGUGUAUGAUGUUGGCAUAAGUGGAACCGUACACAUUCAGUUGGUUGUGAAAGGGGGCUAUUUUAAAUGAGCACAUUAGCUGAUUAAGCUAGUGGGAGCUUGCGCCAUGGGGAAGUGCAAGUUUAAUGGUAACUGGAUGGCUAAUCCCACAUUCGCAACAUGGUUAGCACCAGUUCCAGGCAAUAGCUGGAAAUUAUAGCUUAAAUUUAAUUUUAAAAAUAGCUUAAAUUUGGUCAAAGUGGCCUUAAAAAAGGUCUUAAAAAGUCUUCAUUUGGCUCCCUUAAACCUGCAGAUACCCUGUAUGAGAACCCAUAAUGGGUGAGGAGCUCUAUUUGAUUUGUUAAAAAAACAUCAUGCUUCCAUUUGAUUGACAGAAUACAUUAUGUGUAGUAAACAUUUGAGCUGACCAUUCAUUGCGAUAUGCAUAUUGCACAUGCUGAUAUCGCGAUAACGAUAUUUGCAAUAUAUUGUGCAGCCCUAUUCAAAGCUGACAUUUUUUACUUGCAGAGUUUAUUUUUGUCAUUUAAGAUGUGUUUCUGUAGCUCUCUGUUUCCUGUUUAAUAAAAUAAUCGAUUUAUGUAAUAAAACUUUGAGUUAAUGUAUAUUUGUAAGUUUUUCAGUUUACACACAAUUUUGCAUAAUUUAUGGUGAUAAAUUAUUUCAUGAAACAAAUGUGUGGGGCCGUUUGAGAGUCGGUUCAUUUUAGUAAGCUUAUUUCUUUGGGCUCUAGGGCUUUUUUUUAUUUCAAGAAAUCCGCUAAAAAAUGACAUGCCCACACUUUGAGCAAAUAUAUGUAACCACAUGGUCCUUUACAUAAUUUUGGUCUUAUUUCAAAGGGAACUUUUGUGGGAUUUGCUGAGAUGUAUUAAUGUUAGUGUACAGCUGGGAAGUAAGUCAUCAACACAAUAGCAUUUUUAUCAGUAAGGGUAUUUCUAAGUGGCCUAUUGACACAAAAUUUGCUCCACGUACCAAAAUCAACUCAAGUAUUCAAUUUAUGCAAAGGCAUCUAAACAUUUAAGUCCAUAAAUUGAGUUAUGUGUAAUAAAGUGAAAAGACACAGGGAAAAAGUAUUAACCACAUGAAGAGAAAAAAUGGCAUAAAAAGCCAGUAGAUCACCUGCAAUCUGUCAGUGGGUAUGGAAUGGGGGUAAAAGCAAAAAAACUCUUCCAAGAUCUUUGUAACUUUAUCCCUUAGUCCCAACUCCAAUUCUAGCAUAUCAUCUCUGCUGAGCUGCCUCAGUGGCCUCCAACUGUGGCUCUCCGACAACUCACUGCUGCUAACUGAAGACAAAACUGAGUGUGUUGUUUUUACUCCCUUAAACAACCCAGGUGUUCUUGUGACCGACCUUGUUUGGCCAUUAGACGUAGGCAACACGUUAGAAACCUCGGUGUAAUCUUCGAUGAACACAUGAGUUUCGACAAACAGAUCAAUGCCGUAGUCAAGUCAAGUUUUUAUCAACUUAGGGCUGUUUCCAGGCUGAAACAAUUUUUAACCCGCUCUGAAAUGGAAAAAGUAAUUUAUGCCCUUAUAAGCUCACACAUCGAUUACUGCAACGCCCUGUAUGUCUGUUAAUCCAAGUCCUGCAUUGCUCGUCUUCGGCUAGUCCAAAAUUCUGCAGCCCGUCUCCUCACUAACACACUUAGGCGGAGCCAUAUUACUCUUAUUCUCUUAGAACUUCACUGGCUUCCUGUGUUUUUCAGAAUAUAAUUCAAAAUUAUACUGUUCACAUUCACGAGUAUCCAUGGCCUCUGUCCUGCCCAUCUCUCGGACUCCUUGUUAUACACGGUCCACUAGGUCAACGGGGAAGAUUUUUCUUGAAGUCCCUCGAUCUAGAUACAAGCACUGGGGUGACCACUCUUUUUUCAGUCGCGGCUACAGCAGUCUGGAACAAACUUCCUGAUGACCUGCGUUUGACUUCCGAGUUGUCUUUGUUCAAGCAAACCUACCUUUUCCAACAGGCGUUUAUCAGUUGCUGUCCUCCGUUGGCUCUCUUAAUCUCUUUUUUUAACUUUCUCUUCACCUUAGUUAUGUGACUUUAUAUUGUAUUUACUCAUACAUUAUUGUUUUAUGAGUUUUUACUUGCACUGGUUUUAUGUAAUAUCUUUUAUGUCCUGUAAAGCACUUGGGUCACCUUUCAUGGUUGUGGAAAGUGCUAUACAAAUCAACUUGAUUAUCUUUGAAAAGAAUUUUGAUGGGAAUGGUUAUUGCUGGGUUUCACUCACGUGACCCUGCAGUCUCAUGAAAUUCAAACACGAUGGAUGAAAGCAAGUAGACUAAGGCUUUAAAUGGGAUUGCACAGAUGAAAUUUCGAAAAAAUAUAUAUCUUCCUUUAGGUUAUGGCCCAUAUAGUUAUUAAAAGUGGGACUUUUCAUACAUUCUAGAGGAUAUACCCAGCGCCAAAGCGAUCACGAUAAACUAUCUCGCGCGGCAUGCCUCAUCUUACACUGUAAACCAAAUGAAUGCUGUUUAUAAGCCUGGAAUCCUGCAACUAUUUUAUUUCAGGUUGAGGUAACCAUUUGGUGACCCAGAGAAGGUUUAAAUGGCUGUGUCUUUGUUUGGGUAAGUAAUGAGUUCAUUAGCUCAAGAUGAUAAUGUUGCCAAUAAUGCUUACGAGUGUGUUUAUGUGCUAGGAUCUACUUUUAAAGUACUUAUUAUGCCUUAAAAAAAUCUGGUACAUUUGUUUAAUUUUAAUAAUGUAUUAACUCCACAUUACAACACUAAGCUAACUGCUAAAAAUAUUAGCAAUCUGAACGCUUUUGUGGUACAAUCAAGCUAGAACGUAUGAAAACACAAAUUGUUUACCUCAACAAAUUCAUAAUUUUACUUGUUUUUUAAAGGUGCAGCUUGACGAUGAUUAUUGAAAUGUGGCAUGAAGUUAGCUGCUAAAUGCCUUUUUCACCACAAAGGGUUAAAAGAGCCAUCACACCACUUGUUUGAGUUGCUUAAAUCCAUACCAUGCUACUCUUCAAAAUUUUUAAAUUAUUUUCCUGAGCUAGCAUGUGCUAAAAUGACCCUUUACAGAACAGCUCCGGUCCUGGAGGGCCGGUAUCUAGCACGUUUUAGUUUUAACACACCUGAUUUCAAUCAGCCUGUAAUUAACAGGCUUCUGCAGAGCCUAAUGAGCUGCUGCACAGGUGAUUCCACCACUGAAUCAGGUGUGUUGGAGCAGAGAAACCACUAAAACGUACUGGCUCUCCAGAACCGGAAUUGAAUACCCCUGCUUUACAAGGUUAAUGAAACAUCGCUCAGACCACACUGCCCUGUGGCCAGAAAAUCACUCUUGCAACUUCAUAGUGUCGGUCUGGACCCUGUUGGACUUAGUAAAACUGGAGCGGACAUACCUGGUGCAGCAGUCUUGCCUGGCCUGCCAGAAUCCUCCUCUGUUAAUUUUCUGCAGAGAAAGGGUCUUGUAACACUCCUAUUCAAGUAACCCCACCCCCUGAGAAUUCGAACCGAGCCGAUCAACGCUGAGCAACGUAUGUCACACACCACAACGCUGAGUUUGACAUAAACAUCGCGACUGAAGCGAAGUUUCUUUCCUCUGGUCUAAAUGACUUGAACAUGUCUUUAAAACCACAACAAGUCAAAGUGCUAAAAGGUAGUUCAUCCCAUGUUUAGCUAGUGGAAGCAUAUAGAUCGAGAUGAGGAGAGGACCAAGCAUUGAACCCUGUGGCACUCCUCAAGGGAGUGACACAGUGGGAGAGGUGCAGUCCUCGAUUUGGACACUAAAAUGUUGAUCAGUUAAGUGAGACCUUAACUAGUCAAGUGAGGUCCCCCUUUACACCACCCAAGACUCAAGUCUGUUCAGUAAGGUCGUAUGGUCUGCUGUAUCAAAGGCCGCGUAACAGCAAGACAAAGUGACGGACCAGAAUAUCUGUAGCACACAAACAUGGGAAGUUGGACCUGAAAUCAGACUGAAACGGGUCA